UUUUCGAGUGUUUUUAUCGUGAAAACAACUGAUAAAAAUGUUAGAUUUUGUCAAACUAUCAUUUCCAAAGAUAAUUUAUUAACCAUUUAAACCAGUGGAUCGAAAUACUUGUUUGUAACAAUUAAGUUUACAUGGAAAAUAAAUGGACCUUCAUUAGGAAAGCCUUUGGUAGCUGUUUCGAGAUUUUCGUUCUAAUUGUAAUCAUCUAUUCCUUUGAAUGUGAAUUUUGACAAUUUAUUGUGACACUUUCUCUAAGCAAAGUUGAUUCCUUGGAUCAUCUUAACCUUUGAUCUUCAUGGCAAAAGUAACAAGUAACCAAUCAAUCGUCAAGUUGGACUGUGGUCACGACCAAAGUGGCGUUUUUUAUGUUCACAAAUGUUUGAGGACAUUUUGUGGAAAGUGUAAACGAGAAAAUCGCUCAUGUGUCUUGUGUAAAUCUGAACUCUUAGAAACUGAUUAUCUCAAAGCAAUUGACAGGAAGAAAUGUGAAGAUGAUUCCGUUUGUAACAAUCAAGCCAUUUUCCAGUGUUUGUGCGGUAAAAAGUAUUUUUGUGAGGAUCAUUUAUUCAAAUUUCAUCGACCAAUUUUACCAUCAAAAAGAUGUUGUGCUGUGAUUCUCAGUUCGGACUUAGAUGACCAACCAUGUUCCAUAUGUAACAACCGUAUCGCUGAAUUUGUGGACAAUACAACUAAUGAGCUUUUCUGUGCUUCAUGUAAUCAGAAUAAUAACUCAGUUAAUAUUGUGCCCAUUGAACUAGACAAUAACAACAACGAUACCGACAACACAAGCAUAGCCAAAAGUGUUGAAAUUUAUCGAGUUGAUGUACAAAAAAGGUUGGAUCUAUUGAACAACAAGCUAAAAGAUUAUACGAUUGAGAUAGAAAACGAAAGAUCCGAAUUCAAUAAAGGAAUUGGCCACAUGAGAAGUAAAUUAGAAAGUUACUUGAGUGUCAACAAGUCCAAAACAGACUCUUUGCGAUCGGAAGUAUACAAGGUUAAACAAUUUUCGAAUCAAUUGAAUCGUAAUGAUAAAUUUGGAAUAAUCGAUCUCAUCAAGUCAAAUAAGCUUAACAAUAAACUCGCGGACUCGAAAUUAAAGUUAUGGGUCGAAGAGAUAGUGCAAUCGUAUGUUAUUCCUGAAUUAACCAAAUCGGGUGUAGAUUGGACAAAAGAAUCUGAAAAAGCUUUUCAUGAGUUGAUUCCUGGUCCGCGGAACUGGAAGCUUAAUCACGGUCCUUUUUUUCCUGACAAUUUACUCAAAUUAACUUACGACUUAAUCAAAGAACAACUUUUGCACCAGAAUAUCUGUAGAGCUACGUCUUGUUACUGUGAACAAAACAGUCUAAUGAAAAAAGUUCAAGACCUUAGGACUGAAUAUAAGCUUUCACAAAAUAAUCUGGAUUAUUUUCUCGAUUGCUCAUCAAUCGCUGGUGGUGAUGUAACUCUAAUGAUUGAAACUGGUAAACGAGCUCUUAAUCAGUCUGAUUUUCAUAUCGCACGAGUUUGUUUUGAAGAAGCUCAUCGAAUCAGUCCGACCAAUUGGAUUGUUCUCGACACUUUAAUGGGUCUCUAUUUCGUGCUUAAUCAUUACCGUAAUUGUCUUAAGCUCGCAAUCAAAGGAUUAAUGAAAGAUGGCAACUACUUUAAAGCUCGCGUUUUAAUAUCAGAGAUUUUGAAAUCUUCACCAACCUUAAAACCAGAAUUACCUGUUGGUCUGGAUUAUCUACUCGAUUGUAGUUCUGCGAGUGUUAUGACAAGAAAAACAAAAACUUUAGACGAACUCAAGAAGAUGAAAAAACUUCGUGAUGAACAAAAGAAAACUGGAACGCAACAAGAAAAUGCUCGAAAGUCUUUGCAAUUAGACCUCAAUACCGAAACACUUUCGUCGCUACAAUCAUUAAUUUCAGCUUUAAUCAUUGUAAGUAGUGAAAUGGAGAAACAAAAACUCAAUCGUAGUAAAUCAAUAACAUUGAAAAUCACUGGCAAGCCUCGUUCCAAUGCUAAUACGAUUUCUUCCAAAGGAAAUCUUAUUCAAAAUAAUAAACGAAACAGCCAAGGAUCGAGUCCUGGUCCAUCAGCGAAAAGAAGAUCAGUUGAAGAUUUACAGCCGAAAGAUCCAAUAGUCAACAAUAUGUACGAAAAGAUAUUCACAAUGUUACCAGAAAGUAUUUUAACACGUGAAAUAGUCCAAGAAGAGGAGUUACAGGUACAAACAAAGAACGAAGCUCAAGUGGAACGUUUAAUUUUGGCCCGUUAUCGCUUGAAACAAAUACCAUUCAUCUCAAAAGGCAGACAAGUUCAUCUGCUUAUUGCUGAUCUUUUUAUGUUAAUAGCAAACGAAGCCACUGCAAUCAAAUUACCUUCUAAUUUCAGAGAUCUGUACAGAAUUUAUCGCAAAUGGUAUCCGUUACAGACAACUUUAAUGUGCUCAAUCAAAAAUAUAAGUGUUGACAAAACAAAUUUGAUUUUAAUUGCUAAUGAAGUUCAGUUCGAUAAAUCCGAAGCGAUAAUUUUAGCUGAAUCAAUUCCAUAUCUAAGAAAUUUGAUGAUUACUCCAGAUUAUGAUAAAUUUUUCAUUCGUCUUUUGAUUCUUCGAGGUAUCAAAGAAUCUAAAGUUGAUUAUCUUCUAAUGGCAAAUGAAUUGUUUACCAAAACUAACCUCAAAUUAGUGCGAGCGGCAAAUCAAACUGUGUAUACCUCUUCUAGUCUUAGAUCAAUGAUAAAUAAGAUGAAUGAAAAUAAUUUGGACACAUUAUUGGAUCAGCAUCGAAACGAAGAAAUUGUUGAACUAUUCGCAUCUAAAUCUGAGCUCUCUAAACAAGAAGAAGAGUAUCUUUGUCAAGCUAUUCAAUCAUCACAACAAUGGGAACGAGGGAUCGAAAUAAUUGCUCGAAGUAAACAAUUGACCGACACAUUGCUAAAUCUAUUACGAUCUUGUCUAAAGAAUGGUCAUGGAACAUCUAUUGAUCGAGAAUUGGCCAUCAAAUUGUUAAAAUUAGGAACUGAAGAUUACAACGUAAUGGCCUGGACUUGUAUUCUACAAACUUUCAUAAACGAGAUGCGAUGUGGACACAUUGACGAAGGGCAAAUCACUUACUUGAUUAACUCAAUUCAUGAAUAUCUUGGGAAUAAAGGAGUUUGUUGUCAUUCCAAUGGAGAGUUUUUAUCUCUUUCACUCGAUUAUUCGAUCAAUCAAUCAACUAUCCUGAGAGAGAAAUUAAUUCUUAGCUGUCUUGGUUGUUUUUACAAACAAUUAGAAUGUAACUUUCUAUCAGCUCAUCCUGAAUCGGGAGUUUCUUUACAUUGGAAGGACAUGAAUACUAUUUACAAUCAUUUUAUUCCUAAAACUUUACCAACUUUUGAUAGUGAAAAAUGUGAUUCUAUCAAUGCAAAUACUGCGGAGCUGUUACUCAAAUUGCUUUCCAAGGUCCCUGAAAAUUUAAAUCCUGAAAGAUUUUCUAAUUCUGUCAAAGAAUAUGUCGAUAAUGGAAAAUCCAUUGAGCCGUCAUCAAGUAUUCCAAAAGAUCAUGUUACUCAAGAUCUUUACUAUUAUUUAGCUGAUUAUUACUUAAAAAACAAAGAGGUUCUAAAAGCCGUCCAAUUUUAUACUCUCGAUCUAACUUUAAAUCUCAAUCGAUUUGAUUCAUGGGCUGGAUGUGCACUCGCAAUAACAAGUCAAAUUGAUCAAUCUUCUUCAACUAAUGGUCGAGUUUUCUACUCAUCUACUCAUGAGGUGUUGCUUUUUGGGCAAAAAGCAUUUCGUUGUUACAAUAAAGCGACUCCAUUGAAAGAUAAUAAUUCCAAGGUAUGGUUCGAAUAUGGAAAGUGCGCUUAUAACAUUGCGAGUUAUAUUUCUCGAGUCAUGAAAUUUGGACCAGUACUGGAGAAUUCACAAAAGGAAGAGAUGAAUAAACAGCGAAAGAAAUUCUUAGAACAAGCUCGCGUUUGCUUUGAAUCAGCAAACAAAUUUGCCAAUGCUGUCGAAAUUAUGAUGAAUUAUUAUUUCUUAGGAAAAAUCGCUGAGAGAAGUGACAUCUCAGAGGCACUUCGAUGUUACGGAUUAUCUUUGUCUCAUUUUGUCUCAAAUGGAGAUAUUUCUGGAAUUAAUAAUGUCAAUUCUAUUCAUUAUCGUUUUGGCAUUGAAAUUCAUUAUCGUAUUCACGCUUAUGCCCUCAAGUAUAAUCAAAGAGAUAAAACUCUAUCACCGGAAAUACUGGAGGUUUUAACUCGUGCAGAAAAAAGUAUUACUCUCUUUGAUUCUGUGUCAAGAAAUAAUAAAACCAUUGAUGAUACCGGAAAGGAAAUUUCUGAUUUGGCUACUGUGAAAAGUGAAGACCAACGAUUACAUCGAAAAAUCAUAAAUCUGUGUCGUGAAGCGAUGCUUAGAAUAUUAAGAUGUUCUCCAGGUCAUUACAAAGCUCUUUCUCGAAUGGCUUAUCUUUAUUCUCUUUCUGAAGAUUUUGCAAACGCUCGAAAGAUACUCACCGAGCCAUUUGAACUGCCUACUCAUCCUCAAAGUUCUACUACUUCCGAAAUUGGGGAUAAUUCAACUGAAACAGUAAAAUCUUCACCCAUUCAAGAUCUUUUCGACACGACUAAAUGUAACUAUUAUAUAUUCCAUGGAAUCCUGAAGACAUUGAACUACUCAAUCGAGAGACCAGGAAGUUUCUGUACUCACAUCCGUCGAUCGACAGAUUUACUGAUUGAUGUGAAUAAAACUUUAGGUGAUGCUGAACAAUUAUUGAGAAUCGCAAUAUUUUUGAAUUCAUUAGAAUUGAGAAGCAAAGGAUAUCUUCGUGAAACCGAUCGUGAAAAUCUUGGGAAAAAAGCAUUGGAACUUUGUUUUAGUAUUUACGAGAGUCGAAUUGUAGAGGCAAAAGGAAAUCAUCAGGACUUAAAGUCAAUUGAAGCCAAUUUAAGGGAAAUAUGUAAUAAAUUGAUGGAAUAUCCUUUUUACGAACAUUCUGCUAAACAAUUUCUCGAAAAACAUGACAAUCGCGCUGAAUGUAUAACAAUUGAUUAAUCACUAACUUUAAUGACGAAUAUCUUUCCUUACAAAGUUUUUUAAAUUCGCAAAAAUCUUUACUGAUUAUGAACGAAACUAAUAUUUUUUGACUAAUUACUUUUGUGAAUACAAAAAAGUAUUUUAUGUAAUUUUACAGAGAAAUCGAAUAAUUUGAAUAAAUCUGGAUCAGUUUUUUUAUCAUUUCAAA